GCUCUUUCUGGCAAAGGCUCCAGGGCCUACGGAGGAGAGGGUGGGGCCAGUAGGACAAACGGGUGGAAGCUAUGUGGCACCUCACGCCCUGUCUUUCCUUUCACCGUUGUGACCUCUUGGCGGUGCACAGGGCGCUGUCCAAGACGCCCGCAGCCCUGGCUCUGAACCAGACGCAGCACUGCAAGCAGCUGGAGGGCCUGGUGUCCGCGCAGGUGCAGCUGUGCCGCAGCAACCUGGAGCUCAUGCACACCGUCGUGCACGCCGCCCGCGAGGUCAUGAAGGCCUGCCGCAGGGCCUUCGCGGACAUGCGCUGGAACUGCUCUUCCAUCGAGCUGGCCCCCAACUACCUGCUUGACCUGGAGAGAGGGACCCGGGAGUCCGCCUUCGUGUAUGCGCUGUCAGCAGCCACCAUCAGCCACGCCAUCGCCCGGGCCUGCACCUCCGGCGACCUGCCUGGCUGCUCCUGCGGCCCUGUCCCAGGUGAGCCACCCGGGCCCGGGAACCGCUGGGGAGGAUGUGCGGACAACCUCAGCUACGGGCUCCUCAUGGGGGCCAAGUUUUCCGAUGCUCCUAUGAAGGUGAAAAAAACAGGAUCCCAAGCCAAUAAACUGAUGCGUCUACACAACAGUGAAGUGGGGAGACAGGCUCUGCGUGCGUCUCUGGAAGUGAAGUGUAAAUGCCAUGGGGUGUCCGGCUCCUGCUCCAUCCGCACCUGCUGGAAGGGGCUGCAGGAGCUUCGGGACGUGGCCGCUGACCUGAAGACCCGCUACCUGUCGGCCACCAAGGUAGUGCACCGGCCCAUGGGCACCCGCAAGCACUUGGUGCCCAAGGACUUGGACAUUCGGCCCGUGAAGGACUCAGAGCUCGUCUAUCUGCAGAGCUCACCUGAUUUCUGCAUGAAGAACGAGAAGGUGGGCUCCCACGGGACACAAGACAGGCAAUGCAACAAGACAUCCCACGGCAGUGACAGCUGCGACCUCAUGUGCUGUGGACGCGGCUACAACCCCUACACAGACCGCGUGGUCGAGCGGUGCCACUGCAAGUACCACUGGUGCUGCUACGUCACCUGCCGCAGGUGUGAGCGCACGGUGGAGCGCUACGUCUGCAAGUGAGGCCUGCCCUGCCCCCGUGGGAGCUCCUGGGAACCCUCAGAGGCCCACCGAGGGGCCUGGAGACACCACGUGGAUCUGUGCUUGUGACUUCCAAAUGCCAGGCAUUGGAGGCGGUUUGUGCUUCCACUUGGAAGCCACCAGGAACAGAAGGAGGGCCGGGACAUCAAAGGGAACUGACAAGAUUAAAAAUAACCUGGCAGCCCGAGGCCCUGGAGUGCCCACUUGCUGCCUUCCAGGCUGGUCUAAGGAGCCAGGGGCAUGGGAUUGGCAAAACUGGUAUGGACUUGACCUUUUGCAGCCAGAUCACCAACCGCCCAGGAGGGAAGGAAGCGGGUGCCGUCUGCCCUCACAGCGAGUUCUGCG